UGUUGCACCCACCGGAAGUGUCGUCAGCGUUUGACCUUGCUCUCCUCUGGUCCGAGUCACGUUUGUCAUGUUCCGUGCUCGGUCGGUUCCCCGGUGACGUCCAGUUAGGAUUAUGAAAUGAACUUGUUUAACUCCUGACCGGUGUCGUCCUACAGGGCAUUGCCGCAGUAAAGCGGGGAACAAUGGUGAAAUACUUCUGCUGCGCAGGUUUGCUCAAAAGCAACUGGGACCAAGUUUGUGCUGCUUUCUGGCAGCGGUAUCCCAACCCGUACAGUAACCAUGUCUUGACCGAGGACAUCAUUUUCCGAGAAGUUACUCCAACCAACUGCCUUAUUUCCAGACGCCUGUUAACCAAAACCAGCCGAGCGCCUCGCUGGAUGGAGCGCUACCUUCCAAAGCACAUGGCUAGCUCGGCCUACAUCAUUGAGGACUCCGUUGUGGAUCCCCAAAAAAGGACCAUGACCACGCUAACGUGGAACAUCAGCCACGCUCGUCUCAUGUCCGUGGAGGAGCGGUGCAUGUACCAAAUGAAUCCUGAGAACAGCAGCUGGACUGAGAUAAAAAGGGAAGCUUGGAUUUCUUCCAAUGUCUGUGGGCUCUCUAGAGCUAUUCAGGAAUUUGGUCUCGCAAGGUUUAAGACCGGAGUUACAAAGACCAUGAAGGGCUUUGAAUAUGUGCUCGCCAAACUGCAUGGUGAAACUCCGUCGAGAACCCUAGCAGAAACGGCUACAGAGCGGGCGAGAGAGACGGCACUGGCAGCUAAGGAGAAAGCUAAAGACCUCGCCUCACACGCCCAGAAGAAACAAUAUGUAUGAAGAGCUGCACAGUCCACUGGUUCUGCAGCCACUGAUACUGGAACAAACGUGUAUUUAUCCCCUUCUGGUUUUUCGUUAAAUCGGGGGUAUGACAAACUGAUCCCAGUCAUGGGUAAGCACUUCUGUGAAGCGGUGUCCAACUGAAAUGGUGGGUGGACCAUAAAAGGCCUGAACUGGGUUCAUGAGCCUGUUCCAGCCUCCCUGUUUGUGUCACGCUCAAUAUAUUUUAUCUUUGAUACCAAAUCAUUUCACUAUGUAUCAGAGAUGUAAGAAAUGGUUGAAUGUGGUUCUAGGGGCCAUAACAGCAGUUCUCUGCCUGCCUUGAAAGUGUUCCUCUGACAGUUGCUCAACCUCUCUCCUUGUCAGUCAGUGAUUUUUACACUGUUCUGUUCUGAUUACUUUCUAUUAUUCACAGCUUUUUGAACAGAAGCUAUGAUCAGCGCAGCAUAUAUUCUUACUAAUGCAAAUCCAUGUGCAUGCUAAACCUCUGUUCAAUUCAAACAAUAUUUCAGUUCAUUUCUUCCUACUAUAGUGCUUCAGAAUGGAAUUCACAAAAUGAAGAAGUCUUCACGAUUUUGGCAGCUGGUGCUUGAUGUGUAACCCUUACGUUCCUCAAUAUUGUGGGGGGGGUCUGAUUCCAAUCAGUUUUAUGUGUUUGUCAUAAUUAUGAUUUAAAAAUGUGUGUAUGAACACAAAAGUUGAUAGUUCAAUUUAAAAAAGUUUGGCUGCCUAAACUAAAAAUUGCCAAUAAAUUGACAAUUUCUUCGUA